GCUGGGGCUCCAGAACCGCCGCCAGCGCUCCUGCCGCCUGGACCCUUGGCCUUGGAGGAGUAGCCAGCUUGGCCCCCGGGAAGAUGGCGAGGAGGAGCCACCACCGCCUCCUUCUGCUGCUGCUGCGCUACCUGGUGGUCGCCCUGGGCUAUUAUAAGGCUGAUGGCUUUUCUGCCCCAAAGGACCAAGUAGUUACAGCAAUAGAGUACCAAGAGGUUAUUUUAGCCUGCAAAUACCCAAAGAAGACACUCUCAUCCCGAUUAGAGUGGAAGAAAGUUGGACAGAGUGUUUCCUUUGUCUACUAUCAACAGGCUCUUCAAGGUGAUUUUAAAGAUCGAGCUGAGAUGAUAGAUUUCAGUAUACGGAUCAAAAAUGUUACAAGAAAUGAUGCUGGGCAAUAUCGUUGUGAAGUUAGUGCCCCAUCUGAGCAAGGCCAGAACCUGGAAGAGGAUACAGUCACUCUAGAAGUAUUAGUGGCUCCAGCAGUUCCAUCAUGUGAAGUACCCAAUUCUGCUCUGAGUGGAACUGUAGUAGAGCUACGAUGUCAAGACAAAGAAGGGAAUCCAGCUCCUGAAUACAUAUGGUUUAAGGAUGGUGUCCGUUUGCUUGAGAACCCAAAACUUGGCUCCCAAACCACCAACAGCUCAUACACAAUGAAUACAAAAUCUGGAACUCUGCAAUUUAACACUGUUUCAAAGCUGGACAGCGGAGAAUAUUCCUGUGAGGCCCGUAAUUCUGUUGGAUAUAGCAGGUGUCGUGGGAAACGAAUGCAAGUAGAUGAUCUUAAUAUAAGUGGCAUCAUAGCAGCUGUAGUCAUUGUGGCCUUGGUGAUUUCCAUUUGUGGUCUUGGUGUGUGCUAUGCUCAGAGAAGAGGCUAUUUUUCAAAAGAAACCACCUAUCAGAAGAAUAGUUGUGCAUCUGAAGCCACUACAAUGAGUGAAAAUGAUUUCAAGCACACAAAGUCAUUUAUUAUUUAAAAGAAUUGCACCUUUGAGAUACACCAAAAAUACAGUUGCUAUAAAUGAGUUAUUAAAAGAUUAUAAACUUUGCUUUGUCUUAAUUUGCAAAGAGAUACACAAGGAAAUGAAAUUGGAAUCCUAUUAUAAUUGUUAUAACAUCUAAAUCACAUGAAACUGUUGUCAUUUUAAACAAAUAGUUCUAUAAACACCUAAAAUAUAGUCUAGUUUCUUGUGUCUAGACAGUGUUAAAAGAAUCAAAAUACUUUGUAAU